UAGUCUCGUACGAAAAUACCAUUGUACUGUGUUAUGUCGACGAGAAUACAACAGACAAAAAAUAUUCAAAGAUAGAGAGAACCAUAACCAAAGCCAUAGCAUGAGCCACCUUCCUGAAACCCAAUUCCUUAACAGUUUCUCACCCUUCUCUUCUCUUCUCUUCAUCUACUCUUUUCAAAAAGCAGAAUAGAUGCAUGAAGUCUGGUGACCUCUGAUCUGAUUCCCUCUUGAUGUCAAACAACAGAAGAGAACGAAACUAUCAAUUAUUUAUUUCAUUAAGUAAAAAGAAUUAGUGGAAAAUGGGAGGUUGCUGUUGUUCUGCCAGAAAACCUCAUCUGCAAGGGGCACCAGUAUAUUACUAUUGCCCACCAACUUUUGAAGAGCGUGAGUCUUUAACAUCUAAUAAUGGCACGAAUGCUUCAGUCAAUGCUGGAUUUCUCAUUGGUUUGAACCUGGAAGCAUCCAUGCCUGAUACUUUCCAGUCCCCUCCCGUGCCUCUACCUUAUGAUAUGGUCUUGGGAGGUUCUGCAUCAACAUAUUCUGAAUCUGGCAGAGAAACAGUUAGUAGUUUUGAAACUUUAAUUACACGUGAAGAUGUUGAAGAAUCAGAUUGUAAAGCUCAAGCCAAUUCUGCUCUUACAUCGCCAAGGAAGGCACAACUACCAAAAUCAAAUGUAACUCAAGUAUUAGUGACAGAAGAAGAGGAUGUCUGUCCAAUUUGUCUUGAAGAAUAUGAUGUUGAAAAUCCUAGUAAUUUGACAAAAUGUGAACACCAUUUUCACUUAUCAUGCAUUCUUGAGUGGAUGGAACGAAGUGACUCCUGUCCUAUUUGUGAUCAGGAGAUGAUAUUUUGACCAGACAAUGAAUUAGUUUGAUUGUUCAAUCAAAGCUUGUUAAAUGAAUGGAAGAUAGAUGAAGAUCAUUGUAUGAUAACUGGUUAGAUGAUGGCAACUACAGAUUCAUUUUCGAUUGGUGGUGCAUUGACAAAGUCAUCAUUUUAGUAGGCCCAGCCUUUGGUCACGAGGUUUUGACGGAAUGCCAUACCAUAUGAUAUAGCAUAUCUCUUCAAAUGCAAUUCCUUUGGUCAGAAUUUGCCCGUUAUUAUUAGUGUGAAAAAAUGCGGCAACUCUGUAGAUGCCAACAUUUAUUUUCACAGAUGCUUUUCUAUUUAUUUACUGCUCUCCAUUCUCUUUUGUAAAAAAAUUCUCAAUAUUUAUUUGUCAUGCCUGAUUUACAUUUUCAUUGUAUAUAUAUACACUAGUGGAUUCUUGGGGUUCAGUGUUUUUGCAAUAAGUACUUAAUUAUCAAGUAUACAAUAAGACCCUUUUCCUAUUAAA